UCCCAAGCUGGGCGUCGCGCUGCUGCUGGCCGUCCUGCUGCAGGCCGUCGUCGUCGCCGUCACCGUGCUCCACUUCAGCGCCUCGCUCGACGCCGUAAGUCCGCCGCCGCGCUCGCCGACGACGUCAAAUGCAUUCAAGUCAGCAAAGAAAGAAAACUCCACGUACAAGCAAAUACAUGAGAACAACAACAACAACAACGACGACAGCGACAGCAACUUCCAAUGGACUUCAUUUGAACUUGUACAUCGUGAUUCAAAUGUCUUAUAGCGAUUCGAUGAUUUGCCAGAAGAGGGGAAAAUUACGCGAAAAUUAAUCAUCACAUGAAGUACUUUGCCCCCCACCCCCCCAAGUGUCCAUUUAAACGAGCGAGUCAGGCAAUGAGCACAUGAGGAAGUAAAUCAGUGAGUUCAUAAGUCAGGAGGCCAUCAAGUUAGGGACACAAAUUGAGUGAGUCAAUCAGUAACUGAGGAAGUCGACAAUUGAAGAAUUCAGUGACUUAGUGAGUAUGGAAGUCACUACUUAGAUGAAGGAGACGUUCGCCAGGAGCAGCGUGUCGUGCCUGAAAGGUUGGGAUGCGCAGAGCGUCUCGGCGGUGGAGGCGCAAGGCGAUCCCUGCUGGCAGGUCACGCAGCAGCUUCGCCAACUCAUCGAGAAGUCGUUGUCGCAACGCUACCAGAAGCAGAUCUCGUCAGCGGUGAGAGAUGAAGUGUCUCGGGUUCUGCCCUCGCUGGUGCCAGAGGACAGCACGUUGCCGCGGCCCAAAGUCGCCGCUCACGUCACCGGAAGCUUCGCGCCCAAACUGCAGGGAGGAGGAGGAGGAGGAGUUGCAGCAACGGCGGGCGCCCGGCGCGUCCACGGACAGAAGAUUUCGUGGUGGGAGGGCGAGAAGGGUCUGGCCUUCCUGCAGGACGUUCAGCUGGUGGAUGGCGAGCUGGUGGUCCCGCAGCCCGGCCUCUACUACGUCUACGCCCAGACCUACUUCAGACACACUCACUCCCUGGACCAGGACGGCCCGGAGGAGGGCGACGAGGACAGAGGACGACCUCUGCUGCAGUACAUCUACAAAAAGGUGAGUACCUACCCGGUUCCCAUCCUGCUGAUGAAAACCAGCCGGACCUCCUGUUGGUCCCGGGACUCCCAAUUCUCGCUGCACUCGGCCCACCAGGGGGGGCUCUUCCCUCUCAGCCCCGGGGACCGCCUCUUCGUCACAGUGACCAACGUGUCCGCGGUGGACAUGGACGAGAGGAGCAGCUUCUUCGGGGCCUUCCUUAUUAGCUAGGCCACAGGGGGGGGCGCUGUCGCACAAUAGAGACCACCUGAUGAACCCGUCAAUCAGAACUUGUUGGACAUGAAAUGCGAAGACGUUCCGAACGCGGGGGCAGCGUUAAGUUAUGACGUGAAGUGAGGUGGCGGUGGACACGGUGAAGACUCCCAAACGUUUUUUAAAAUUGCGAAAAAUGAAAGUUUUUCCUACCCAUCUCAGCCACAAGGAGGCGACCCUACACAACAAAAGACAAGUACGACAAUCAGAAAGUUGACCUACCAGUGAGGGCAGAGUGCGCUAGUACAUGGAAACUCGCUUAGAAAUCAAGGCUAUCGACUACAUGCUCGAACGGCUUCCCAUAGUACGACUUUUCAAGUCCAAUUCACAGGUUGGCUACUUGCUGCUAACUAACAUCCAUUUCUUCAACAAAUCCUAAUCAUCGUAGCCUAAACAAGCAAGCAUGAGAUGCCUGGAAAAAACAACAAAAAACUAUAUAUAUAUAUAUAUAUUUUUUUUUUUUUAAUUUGAGCAGUUUGGCUGCUUUGUACAAAGCACUUCAAAUUAUCUGGUCAAGGUUGUUCCUUUUAGCAGCGAAAAACCAAAAUCCUCAGCAUCUGAGAAACAUUUGUGUCCAGUGUUGAAUGUUAAAAUGUAAAUAAUGAGCUUUGUUUCUAUUUGUUGAUCGCUCACAUCCAUAAGAUGGAGGCCAUAAGAAAUGAAAAGCAAUUUUCUCACCUUUUACAAGCACUUCAAGUAGUUUGUGAAAAGAUUUCAGCAUCUAAAAAAAGUUUGGUUUCAGGUGUUCAUCUGCGUCGACGGGAAGAUGUUAACAAUUGGCCUCUUCUUGUGUGUUUAUGUUUCCAUGUGUAUCUGCUAAACACGCAACUUGGACCGAGCAUGUGUGUUAAAUCUUAUCAGCUGCAUAUUCAUAGCCAAGCGUCCCACAGUCGUGAAUGCAGCGGUGUUGACGUACGUUUCAUUGUUUUUUAAAGGUUCUUUUCAAUGGAAGAUUACUGCUGACGCCCUGGUUCAAUGUGGAGUAAAACGAGCACAGUUAACGCCCACAUACUUGCGGAUCGGCAUUCGCAAAAUUGCUUUUGUUUGGAACCUAUCCCCCUCUAUUUGCUGAAAAAACUCAACUAUUUGCUGAUUUUGGCUCAGGCCAAAGCCAUGUCUAAUAAAAAAACUUUGCUUUGGUGCCAUUUUGAGGGCAAGGACCUAUGUUGUAGUAAGUGGAGGAACUUCAUUUUGUCAGGCCAAAGUGCUUUUCUGCCAUUUUGUGGCAUCUGAAGGGAAUUACAAACCUUUGUGGAGAACAUCAAUUACUUGUGGAUUUUCACUAUUAGCAGCUGGUCAAAAGUCAGGUCAUGUGAUAAAAUAAAGUCCAUCCAUCCAUUUUCUGAGCCGCUUCUCCUCACUAGGGUCGCGGGCGUGCUGGAGCCUAUCCCAGCUAUCGUCGGGCAGGAGGCGGGGUACGCCCUGAACUGGUUGCCAGCCAAUCGCAGGGCACAUACAAACAAACAACUGUUUGCACUUACAUUCACACCUACGGGCAAUUUAGAGUCUCCAAUUCAUGCACGUUUUUGGGCUGUGGGAGGAAACCGGAGUGCCCGGAGAAAACUCAAAUAAAGUCAAACAAAGUAAUAAGAGAACAUAAACAAUCAAUAGAAAUGGCUGCUGUAAAUAAUGUGAAUGUAAAUAUGUUUUAUCUGUAAAUGUGUGCAAUAAAGACUUUGUGACUUUAUAAUUACAAAUUAU